UCCCGAACAGCAGAGGAACAAGAUAAGCCGAAAUCGCAGUUGACAAGUACGCAGGCGUAUUUCCUGAGCGAGACGCUGUACUGCCCACCCGAGGAUCUGGAGAACAGCCGUCAAGUUACCCUGCAGGUCGCCACUUUGGGCACCCACCUUGCCUCUCCGGACAAGAAGGACGAUUUCCAGGAAGUGGGCAAGAUGUUCCGCCAAUACAUAGCGCGUGAGGGCGACCCCUUCAUCCUGGAUGUCGACCUUGAUUUCUUCAGUACCAGGAAUCCGUUCCGAGGUUUAUACGAGAACGCCGACCUGUACUCUCGUCUCCAGGAACUGUACAAUUUCAAACGCCCUGAGGAUGAACAGGAUCCGAAGUGCGUUCUCAAAGCUGUGCAAGAGAGACAGGCACAGUUGUCGGAACUUGGAGCCAUUUUCGAACAUCUUCAGCUGCAUCGUGGGUUGCAGAACUACCAGGGCACCUCAUCACCACGGUUUCAGUCGGUACACGCUCUUGUCCAGGAAGUGGAGGCCCACUACCCUGGCGAGCAAAUUGACUGGACACUGGUGCAUGAUGCUGGCUGUACUUGUGAUGAUACAGACUUGCCUGAUCACGUGACAACAAGAGACGACAUACAGCAGCUUAUCACCACCUCGUUCGCCGGUCUUCUGAGCUCCCUGCCCGGACCUCCGACCAUCAUCACCAUCUCAAGGUAG